GGCCCACAUGUCAGCGACCACAAAUCCGCGAUCCGACCGUUGGAGCGUGUGCCUCUUCUCCUUAAAACCUCGCACCAUCCCGACGAGGAGAGAGAAACCCUCCCCCGCCGACCAAAAUCAUCCUCGUCGCCGCCGCCGCCGCCACCGCCGCCGGAAGCAGUUCGUCUCCCCCGUUGGUGUUCGACCGGUGGUUAGAUCCAUGGACCGCCGCCCGCCGCUCGCCGUCUCCCCGCGCAGGCUCCGUCCGCGCCCGCACCGCGCUGCCGCCGCCGGCGCCGCCCCGCGCCCGCCCGUGGCUUGCUCCGUCCAGACCCCGCCAGGAUCGAUCAAGAAAGCAACUACCCCGAUGCGCUCCUCCUUCUGCGCGCUCCCGACGUCCCGCCUUGAGCCGACGCCGCGGGCGAAGCUGGACUUCGCCGCGGCGCCCUCGCCGGCGAGAGCGGCGGUGGCGGCGGGGAAGGAGAACCGCCACGUCGACGACGAGGUGUCCCUGGACCUCACCGCCAUGGCCAUGCCCACGCCCAUGCCCACCUGGACGGCAUCUCCGCUGCCGCCGCCGACCAGCCCGCUGUUCGAGAGGGGCAGGCUCUACGACCUCUACUCCGCGCGGCGCAACGAGCGGCUCAAGCGCAAGCACGGCUUCCCCGCCGGCGAGGAGGAAGCGGAGGCGAUGGCCGCCGACCCCUGCGUCGCCGUCGAGCUCUCCAAGCGCCGCGGCGCCAAGAAGAUGACCGGUGCCGAGUCCGUGAGGCGGUCCAUGCCGGCGGCGGCGGACUUCUCCGCCGCCGGCCGUGCCGCCACAUCUACUCUGGGUCUCAGGUCCUCCCUGCGCAGCAGCAAGGAGAUGAAGAAAACCUCCGCCGCGUCCUCCUCCUUCGCCGGCGCCAAGUCGCCGGCGGCCAAGGAGAGGAGAGCCAGCACUCGCUCGUCGGCUCGGAGGUUCUGAUCUCAUCUGAUGGAAUUGAUAGAAACAAAAAAAACAGUUUGAUCUGGUUUGAUAGGUGGAAUGUUGAUAUUCUGAAACUAUCUGCUUCAAUGUCAGUAUGAAAAAUGGCUAGGUAUUGGUAAUAUUGAUACUGUUGGUACUGAGUUUGGAGGUUGGUUUUGGGGGAGGGAAUAUGGCUUCAUAUCUUGGAUUCUUGAUAUAGAAUUGCUGAAUAAGUUGGACCAUAUUUGUAGCAAUUUUUUGUUGCUUUGGGGUGUGCACAUCCAUUUUGUGAUGCUAUUUUUUUGAGGAUUGUGAUCAUAUUCAUCCUGAGUGCUGAUGAAACCGCAGUGCUUGAUGUUUUCAUUUUCCAGGCUAGUGGUGAGAUAUGAUUGGUUUGUCCAACUAGUUGUUAGCUUUACAGUUGUUGCCUUCCUGUUUCAGAGCUUGAUUCAAAUUUGAGUUUGAUCCAAAUUUGCAGUCGA